CGGUCGCUGUUCAGAUCAGAUCGGAUCUCCAGUGAGGCGGCGCAGUGGGGUCCUCGUCGUCAGCUACCGGAUUCCACCUCUGGGUUGCGGGGUGUCGUGAAACGGGGGGGCGGCGGCGCAGUUUCGAGGUGGGGAGCCCGCAGGUCCGUGCGGAGAUGCUGAACAUGUGGAAAGUCAGGGAGCUGGUGGACAAAGCCACUAACGUGGUGAUGAACUACUCCGAGAUCGAGUCCAAGGUCAGAGAAGCUACCAACGAUGACCCCUGGGGGCCUUCUGGACAGCUGAUGGGAGAGAUCGCCAAAGCCACGUUUAUGUACGAGCAGUUCCCAGAGGUGAUGAACAUGCUUUGGACCAGGAUGCUGAAGGAUAAUAAGAAAAACUGGAGACGAGUUUACAAGGCCCUACUCCUGCUAGCCUACCUGAUCAGGAACGGCUCUGAGAGAGUCGUCACCAGCGCCAGAGAACACAUCUACGACCUGCGAUCUCUAGAAAACUAUCAUUUUAUCGACGAGAGUGGGAAGGAUCAGGGCAUAAACGUGCGCCAGAAGGUGAAGGAGAUGGUGGAGUUCAUCCAGGACGAUGACAGACUGAGAGAGGAGAGAAAGAAAGCGAAGAAGAACAAGGAUAAAUAUAUUGGCGUCUCCUCUGACAGCAUGGGUGGAGGAGGGGGCAGCUUUAAGAACUCGAAUGAAUUAGAUCGGAGUAAGUGGGAUGAGGACUGGGACAAGAGCAGAGGAGCUUUCCCUUUCAGCGAGAAGCUCGGAGAGAUCAGUGAUAAGAUAGGCAGCACCAUCGACGACACGCUCAACAAGUUCAGGAAGAAGGAGCGAGACGACUCACCUGACAGGAUCAGUGACAACGAGGAGGACAGAGGAUCAAGAAACGGGAGGCAGGAAACGAUCGAAUUCAAGGACGAGGAGGAAACCGUCACGACGAAGAGCAUCCAGAUCACGCAAGCGACAGAAACCACGACCACCACGACGCGGAAACGCAGCGGGGCGGCAGGCAGCAAGACGCUGGACCUGGGUGCUGCUGCACACUACACGGGAGACAGGAGCCCCGAGGAGAAGUCUUCAGCCAAGCAGCCUUCCAGCAGUGGACUGGCCGACCUGCUGGUGAUUGACCCUUCACACAGCGAGAGCACGGACACAGGAGGGACUUCAGACCUCAUAGGUGGCUUUGCUGACUUCUCCUCACCUGCAGCCUCUGCCAGCCUCCCAACCUCCACUGCUGCUGCCUCAUCCAAUGGAAAUGGGGAAUUUGGGGACUGGAACGCCUUUUCAGGAAACCCCGCCGCUUCGUCUAGCUCCGCCCCUUCCCAGCCAGUUCCCGACCUGUUCGGCGGCGGACCAUCGCCCACCGCAGCUGCUUCAAAUCCUUCCUCUGUCCCACCGUCUGCUGAGCUCUUUGACCUGAUGAGCGGAGUCAGCCAUCAGCCGACCAAUCAGCACACGACGCUCAGCGCUUCUCAGAGCAUGACCUUCUCUCUGGGAGGGGUGACCCCGGGAGCAUCCGUCGCAAUGCCUGCCAUGCCGCACUCCCGCUCUCAGCAGAACUUGGUGGGCAUGGUGUCCCAGCAGCCAAUGGGAUCACAGCAGAAGGCUGGAGUUGGAAGCCAGGGGUCGUUAGGGUCAACUUGGUCCGACCCAUCCGUCAACAUCAGCCUGGACUUCCUUUCUGCAGGCCUCAACCCCACAAAGACACCACCCACUCUGAACAAUAUAAUCCAGCAACAAGGAGUGCCUCCGGUCAACCUGCUGGCUCAGAAUUUCGGAGGACUGAACCUCAGCUCGCCGCCUCACGUGACUCCCAUCAGACCACCAGCCAAUCCCAUGAUGGCAGGCGGUGCCAUGACGAUGGGCGUGCCUGCCUCCCUGGGUGUGGGCAUGCCGCCUUCCAUGGCCACAGGUUUGCAGGGUGGCAUUCCCGUAAACCAAGGCAUGAUGGGAAUGAACAUAAGCAUGAAUAUGGGCAUGGCGGCCCCUGUGAUGAUGGGUGGCAUGGCAAGCAUGGGGGUGCCAGGAGUAGGAAUGGGCCUGAGUCACUCCAUCAGCCCAGCGGUGGUCCCGCCCAAACAAGAUGCCUUCGCUAACUUUGGCAGUUUUGGGAAAUGAAGGUUAGCAGUCUGGACGUGUGAGUGUGUGUGUGUGUGUGUGUGUGUGAGUGAGCAUGAAUGUGUGAAACUGCGAGCAAAUGAACUACAGAAGGACUUUGCUGUACUUGAAGACAACCUUGCAUGUCUCACUGUCUGCCUCCGCUCUUCGGUGAGCUGGCACCAGUGAUCUUUCAUCAUCUCGGUCCAAUGGCACCAUCUACGUGAAAGUGCGGCACGCGCCGAUUCUCCACAGAGGAAACCAGAGGGGGGCGCGAAGGUGUCAGUACAUAAUCGGUCAUCGUUACUUCCCUUUACUGGAAAAAUCAUUGUCUUCACGUGAGAUUUUCUAAAACCGCAUAUAUCUUCCUUCAUUCUGUUAUUCUCUGCACAAAGAAUUCAGUCUAACUAAAACGGCGCUGAGGCCUUAAUUUUGCAUAGUAGGUGAGAAAUUCAGUUGGUAUUUUGCUGUCCUAAUUUCAUAAUUUUUUUUACAUUUAUUUACAUUUUUGUUGAGAUUUUUAACAUAACAAAAACAUAUAAACUACAGCACCGACUGAACAAAACAGCAAAACUUCACCAUGUACGCGCUCCAAUCAAAAUUCCUAGGUUAUAAAAUCCAAGCUGACUCUGCUAAGCCCUUUUCAGACAUGAAACAUGCCAAACUUUUGUUUGGUUUUGUAUAUUCUGCACCAGACAGCUUCAUUCACACAUGUCCGGGUUUGUUUAUGUUGACCAUUCAUGUAACGUUGGUGGUUGCGGGUCAAAGCUCAGCCGCAUUUCAGUGCCUCCUACUUCCAUUUUGUACCAGUAAACAAACCAUUGCUUACCCAUAGCUAAGCCGUAUGAAUUUAUUUCCCACUGUAUUAGAGCAAUGUUCAGAAACUAUAGACUUUAAAGGUCACAUCCGAUAUAGUUUAAAUGAGUUAUAUAUAAUUAUCGGAAAACUUUGUGUCAUAGUCUGUUUGUGUUUAUUUUGUCACUAGAAUAUGACAAAUUAAGGUCUCUGAUUAAACCAAAUGAACUCUAAUUUGGUUAAUAAUUGACCUCAUGCUGGUACAGGAUGUUUAUUAGGGUCAUGUGACUAAAAAAAAACAGUUUCACCCCCACAUGCUUAAAUCAUAGCAUAUGUGUCUAUUUGUCACUGUGGAUAAGAAUUUUCACGAUUAUGGGGAUUCAUUUUCAUAAAACCACUGAAGUAUCAUACAGAAUUUAGUGUAGGACUUUGUAUCUUCUACACAUUACCAUAAUACUAUUUUGCAGUAUGAAGCAAUUGGAUUAUGAUCCCUGAUGAUAAAAAAACAACAACAAACAAACCAAAAGAAACCCUUAAGUGGCCUCUUGCAGUUUGCCAUUUUUUGGAGACAUUUAACCACGUUUACAUGAUACUAUGGGGAGAAUAUAGAAUAUUCAGGUACAAAACCUCCCCUCUGGUGGGUACAUAUUGUUAUAUGGUCAAUAUAAAAUGUGCCUCAUCACACAUUUCAUACCUAACAAAGUUUGGUAGAAAAUGACCAAGGCACCUUGACCUGCCCCAUCACUAUGAAAACAUAGUAGACGAUGGGUUUUAGAUAUUUAUGAAGUUAAUUUACAGUUUUCUCUUAACCUGCCUGUUAGCAAUACAGUAUGUCAGGAUUCUUACGUUUUGUUACAAAAAAACAGUGGAGAAUUGCAACAAGUGAAAAAUAAUUAUAGUUAGAAAGAAGAAGCUUCCGCAGCAGCCAUUGAGCAGUUUUAAAAUCCAUAUUUUCUGAGGGGAACAAUGUAAAGGUACGGCGUCUUAUUGCUGAAAAGAAACCCACUAAAUAAGGACGUUUUAAUGGUGCUUUCCAUUAUUCCGAAUCUAAACAGGUGCUCGGACAUCAGGUUCCCACUCUAACUGCUAAUGCAAUGGAAAACCAGCAGGAUGGUUAUGCAGAGUUGACCCUGGUAGUCUUGCUUUUUUUUUACCAGAUUCACAGAAAUUUGGACUGUUCCCGUCUGAAAGGGGCUUUGCAGCACAGAGAAUGCAGGGGCCACAAUGAGUCAACUAUAACACAGAAAUCCUUGCCUGUUCUGCUUGUGCCACACCGUGGUUGAGUUGCUGCUUUAUAUCUGGACCCAGACGAGCCCGUUUCUUUAUUUCUCUUUUAUGUGAUCUAAUUUCUUUUUUAUCGGCUUGUUGCAUUACAAUAUUUGGACAGGUACUGUUGAAUGAUCCUUGUGUUGAUUUCUGACUGCAUUUACCACCUUGCCGUCUGAUAAAGGCCCAGUCAGUGUUCUAUUAGAGUGCUACUGACUUAUUUUGUCUUUAUGCAACUCCUGUUGCUUCAGUGUUGCUUUCUGACCCACAUACAUCAAUAAUGUGUCAUUAACCUUUUUGCAUACAAACCGUUUUUUAUGCAUCGAGCUAAGGAAGCACUUUUCUAUCAGCUUUGGUGGAAAAAGAGUCACCAGAACAGCAUAAGCUGCAACAUUACUUCUAUGUUUACAGCGGAUUCUGGGAAAUACCUCUGACGUGAACCUUGAGUUGGAAAUUAUUUUUGCCAGCAAACAUUUUUCACCUGCACCUCGCAAUCCAUUGGUUAGAGAGGACACUCCUCAACAUUUGAUACAGAUUGAAUAGGCUGGAGACCAAUCCAAAGGGUUUGGGGUGACAUUUGUGUGAGAAAUGGAUGACUGGGUGUUUGUGACUUUAUGUAUGAGUACAAGUUUCCUCUGUUUGAUGUACAAACACAGCUACGCAGAGCCUCUUGUCAUUUUCUGAGGCACCGCCCUCCAAAUGACCAAAUCUUUAUUUUGUUACUCAGAAUUAUAAUUCCAUAGGUUUUAGUUUAAUAUUUUAUUAGUUGUAAUGUUAUGUUCACAGGGGAGAAUCGCAGCUACCGUGAUUUAGUUUACUUGAAUCAUGUUUUUUUUUUUUUUUUUCUUCACAGAUCUUUUGAUUUGAUUACUGUAUAUUUUCUGUACUUCAUUCAACAUUAAAUUAAAUUAUAACAUUAAA